UUUUACAGACGUCAAUUUUGACGUUUUUGUGUGCUGACUUGGUGUUGGACAAAUGGAAAACUUUGCAUAUUAAAACUUAAUUUAGCACCGGAAAAAUGGGAAACGAAGGAAGCAAACUAAAGGGUUUGAUAAUUGAUACAAAUGCUGUGGAAGCCAACGAUUUUUGGGCGUUGUACAAUGCAGUCGCCUCUACCACCAGCAAUGAGGAAGGUAAACAGUACCUAUCAAUAUUCCAAGGAGAGCCUGUGGUGACAGGACAGUUGUGGUUAGCGCAGGGACCCAUGGAACGAGCGAUAAGAAACCUAAUGAUCUAUCGUCACCCGUAUAUACUGAAAUAUGUGUGUACAUGGGAACAAGGAGGUCAAAAACACCUAGCCACUGAACGCGUGCUGCCUCUUAGUCAAAAGUUAAAACAACAAUCGGAUAUACAGAUUUGCCUAGGCCUUCGAACUAUAUUAUGCAGUCUUAUCUUCUUGGUAGAAAAGGCAAUGGCCCGGCAUUUGAACAUAUGCAUUGAUUCCAUUUAUGUAACCGCAGAGGGAGGCAGUUGGCGUUUGGCUGGUUUUGAAUAUGUGUGGAAACAAAAGGAGGUUACAAAAACAUUACUUGAUUUCGCAAGCAGUUAUCGUUACAAUCAUGCUAUUGAUCCAGAGGAGUCGAAAGAUCAAAACAUAGAAGCAAUCGAACAAUAUGCAUUUGCCACGUUGUGUGAAGAAAUUCUGGCCAAACAGUCUGAAAACCUUAAAAAAACACCAACGGCUCCCAUACCUCAUGUGGGCGAGUUCAUAGAGUACUGUGGCACUCAUCUAAAACACAAAAACACACAAAUGAGACCGAAACUCUCGGCGGUUUUGCUUCAUCCCUAUUUCAAUCAUGAAUUUGUUCUCAUACAUGCUUUUCUUUUUGAAUUGCCGCUGAAAAAUAACAACGAAAAACAGGAAUUCUUUACAGGACUCAUAGAUCGCCUGCGGUAUUUUGACGAAGAAAUUGUGGGUGCUCAGUUUGCAGGAGAUUUGUUGUCACGAAUGGUUUUGCUAGACACCACGGCCCAAUUGUGUGUUACUCCUUAUGUUCUCCGCACCAAAACUGAUCAUACAUCGGCACUUUUUUCCGGACCAACCUAUACCCAGUAUUUAAUGCCCCAUAUAUUAAAAAUGUUUCGUUUGAGGGAUGCCCAGAUACGACUAAUUCUGCUGGAGUACUUUAUGGAAUUUGUUCGUUUGCUGAGCAAAGAAGAUUUGGAGGAGAACAUCUUGCCCCAUCUGGCUGUUGGUAUGCAGGAUACCAAUGAUGUCUUGGUAGCCAAAACUCUACGAUGUAUGGCUGAUCUAAUGCCCAUUUUGGGUGCGGCCACCGUUUUGGGAGGCCAGAGGACACGCUUGUUUUCCGAUGGAAGACCACAAGCCGCCAUAUCUGAUUGUGCCGCCCAUUGGGUAGAACCCAGAUCCAUAACUCCAGUUUUGGGGGAAAAUGAUGAUUCUCCUAUUAUGGUUUCGGGUAGUCCCAUUCUUGGUAACCUUCUUAGUAAAAGUAAUAGUUUUUCUUCCUUAUCACAAGCUGGUAAUUUAGAAACCUAUGAACACAGCAUGCCACCACGCCUAAGUCCCGAUGGAGGAGAGGACAUAAAAUGCCCCACCCUACAAGACAACUCUAAUGAGGACAGUGACAAGGCAAGCAACACAAGCGAUUUGGAAAUUCAAAAAACUACCAUGGAAAAUGGAGAACAAAAUUGCAAUGACAAUGGCAAUAACGAAGACGAUGAGGACCCCUGGUCCGAUUGGGAAAACGACGAAGAUGAGACUCAAAGAAUCACAGAAACUGAUAUAGUGGGAAACUCCUCAUCACUCUUAGUGACGGAAGAAAUUGCCAAUAAUUUAAAAAAUGCAAACAACAACGCCCCCUCGCCACUGUUAAACACUUUGUCUUCUCAACAAUCAUUGAGUGAUUCUUACAGAACUGCGCAAUCAACAAAUUCCUCCUCACAUUCCUCUCUUAAACCCUCUGCAGUGUUACCCGUCUCAGAUGAUUUAUCGUGCCUUGACAUUCAAGUGCAAAAAAUAUCUUCAAACUAUCCUGAAAGUUCAGAGUUUGACUUCUUCAAGGACAUGGAACCAGUAAUUCAAACUAACAAGACAACAUCACAAUUAGCGCCACCCACGACCUAUAAAUGGCUAGAAACCGAACAUAUAACCGUAGACUCUUCCAGAUUUGCUGCGGAAGCUGAAACUGGAAAUGACUUUGGAGGAUGGCAAGUAGAUGAUGAUGACGUGGGAGGUCUGGAAGAGUUUGUUUCAACAUCAUCAGCAACCACACCCAGCAACGUUUAGUAUUUUAUAACAACAACAACAUUCUUCAUAACAUUACAUCUAGGGGAAAUACAUAGGUCUUAUGCAAUUGUUUUCGAAAA